GUGUGAGUGUGUGUGUGCAGCAGGCAGGUCUCCCUCAGUGCUGCUGUGGAGCUGUGAGGAGGAGGAGGCGGUGGUCGUGUUAUUGAGUGGCCCGGCGGUGGAAGUUGCGCUGCAGGGGAGGGACUUUCUUCCUGCUGUCGGUGGGUCGGGGGUGAGCUGCAGCUCGUACAAAAAUGCCUCAGGCAGCAGCUUUUCAGACUCCAGCGAGCAGCAGACGGACACAUCCGAGUGGAAGAUAAGCCAUCCUCCUCCUUUUCUACUUCACCAUCCCUCCUCACACUCCUCCCUAUCUUCCGGGGGGAGUGUGGACACCAUCCCCGGGAUAGAGAGCCUGGACCAGCACCGGUCUCAUUGCAUGGAGAGAGGCGCCUGAAGAAGGGAGAGCAGUGGAGUUGGUUUACCCCCCUCCUCCUCCUCCUCCUCUUCCUCCUCGUCCUUCUUCCCUACUGCACCAAAAGAAAACUCCGGGCUGGCUGCAGCACCAUGUCCUCCGCUGAAAGUGGGGAUCUAUCAGGCUACCAUCUGAGUGUGGUGCGUAACCCGCCCGGCUGGGAGGUGGGGAUCUACCUGGUGGGCUUCUUAGUGCUGCUGUGCGUCGCCGGGAUCAACAUCUGGAAGUUGUGGAAAUCUGGAACCUUCCCCGCGCCGUCACCUUUCCCCAACUUUGACUAUCGAUACCUGCAAGAAAAAUAUGGAACUUCCUUCUCAGAAGUCAGACAAAAGCGAGUGGCUGCCAACAACCACCGGCGGACUUCCACCACCUCCAGCCGCAAACCCAGCCUGGCGUAUGGGGAAACCCCGGAUGUCCUCAGGGAUCUGGGCCACCUGGAGCUGAUGAGCAGGGAGCUGGACCCCACCGGCCUUGCCCAGCUGAACCGUUCCAUCUCCACCGACUCGCUCAGCUCCAUCUCCUCCAUCGCCAACAACUUUGGCCACGACUUCACUGUUGGCCAGCUGGAGGUGACGCUGGAGUUUGAGCCAUCCAGGAACCCGGGCCAGGGGGCGGGGCUGCUCCACAUCACCCUGCACCAGGGCAAAGACCUGCUGGAGAGGGAGGAGGGAGACUUCCCCGGCUGCUUCAUCAGAGUCUCCCUCGGACCAGAUGAGAUCAACUUGGGAGUUACGAGGAUCCAGGCGAAUGCAUACACGGUGCUUUUCGACGAGCACUUCUCCGUCCCCAUGGACUCGUCCCUGUUGGAGGAGUACAGCCUGCGUUGUGCUGCUUUUGGUAUCGAUGCUGAGGAGAGGAACAUCAGCGCGGGGGUAGCAGAUCUCAAACUGUCCGAUCUGGACCUGACCAUCAGACCGUUCAACGCCUGGCUCUACCUUCAGGAUGUCAACAAGGCUGUGGAUGCAGUUGGGGAGAUCCUGCUGUCUCUCAGUUAUCUGCCGACAGCAGAGCGCCUCACGGUGGUCGUGGCAAAGUGCAAAAACCUGCAGUGGACCAACAGCAAAAACACUGCAGAUCCGUUCGUCAAAGUGUAUCUCCUGCAAGACGGCAGGAAGAUCAGCAAGAAGAAGACCUCCACCAAACGGGACGAUACAAACCCAAUCUUCAACGAAGCCAUGAUCUUCUCUGUGCCCUCCCUCGUCCUGCAGGAGCUCUCUCUGAGGGUGACGGUGGCCGAGGCCACAGAUGACGGCCGGGGCGAGAACCUGGGUCACGUGAUCAUCGGCCCCGAGGCCAGCGGGAUGGGGAUCACCCACUGGAACCAGAUGCUCGCCACGCUGAGGAAGCCCGUGUCCAUGUGGCACCCUCUGCGCAGGAUCUAGGCCUCUUUGCCCUCACACACAAAGACACAACCUGUUUCAAGUAAAACACUCGCUUCUUCACCUCUCCCCUUACUGGGUGCUAGGCUGUUACAUGUUUUAGUAAGAUAAGAGCUUUGGCACACAGGAGGAUACUGUGUGCGGUAUGUGACGCUCUGCUGGUGAGUAUCAAAUUGGAGUAAACACCUUAUCUUGAUGCAGGGGGGAGGAACCUGAAAAGCCAGUGUUUGACUCUGAACAGGGUGUUUUUAUUGAUCCAUGGAUCAAAUAUACACGUACCUUUCCUUAGUAUUCGGCUGUAUUCUGGCCUGGGGGUAUUAUGGGUAAGGGUGGCAUUUAAGAAGCAUAAUAUUUGAAAUGCAAGUGCAAAUCCCAAAUUUCACAAUAAGAGUUAUUAGUUUUCAAAUUGUCCCAUGUCUUUACCUUGUCUACUUGGAUGGAUGAACAAGAUGAAUCUGAAUCUAAAAAAACAGCAGAGGAGACACGAGAAGUGGUCUUGUCUUCCACUCUCAAAACUCCCGUUAGCGUGGACUUUGAUGUGAAUUUUAAUUAACAAAAGGAACCCAGCCUAGGCAGACGUAACCCCCUCUCUGCAUGGUGCCUACUCUGGUUGUAGCCUGUUAUAGUGAGCGACUGGACAGUGGAAUUAAAUCUCCUCUCUUUCAGGAAAACACUCAUUUGUCUUUUCAAACCAGUCAUUGAUUGCACCUCCUUGAUUGAUUUCGUAGCGGUCUUUGAGCCGAGCUAGCUCUAUUGGAUUUGCUUUUGUCAUUUGUUGAUUGUGAGAUUGACAAAUAACAGAGUUUUGGUUUGGUAUGUAAAUGAAUGUGCUUUUGAAAAAAAUUAAAUACAGGUACUCUUAUCCAGGUGAAAUAAUUGUAAUUUGUAGCAGUUGUUACAGGGUGGCCAAAUCAGAUGUAAUCAGCAUUUAAAUAUCAUUUUACAUCGUUCCAUUUUGACCAUGAUUACUUCAAUACAAUUUGCAUAUGCGUACUUAAGAGAGUAAAUAGUGUACUGUGUUUUAAUUUCUCUAAAUCUGGGUGCAAUUCUUUCUUUUCAUAGUAUAACAACUUUAAUAGACUCCAAGUUCAUUUACACAACACACUAUUUAACACCAAUGUUGUUGCUGAAUUAUUAUCAAAACACCUCUGGGAAUUUAACUUGUGAUGUAAAGCAUACUAACCCUUUUAAAUGGGUUUACAGUUCCUUUUGAGGAAACACCUUGAUAUUCUGAAUUAAUCUGUUGUUGUUUUUCACCAGGCACUUGUCACAAUCAUUUGAGCUUUCCGUCAUUAAGCUAGCUGCAAACGUCUCAUUAGCACUGAGGGCGAUCCUGCUUAAAACCCAUAGGAGCCACUUUGUAGUUUCAAGCCUGAAUGGUGAUAUUGUAAAAAGUGUUGCUAUUUAAAUGAAGAUAGAGUAACAGGGCUCUUGUAAAAGUCAAAAUCUCAAGGUAGCUUUUAUCUGUCUGAGAUAUUCUCUACAACAUUGUGCAAUAGUGCUGUUUUGUUGUAACUUCUGAAUGUGAAUUAUCAUGUGAAAUAUCUGCUUAAAGCCUCAUCAGCCUUUCGCACUGUUGUGAUAUUUGUUUUACUCAAGCAGAAACUAGUCUACACUUUUAGUCAAGUUCUCAUUUUAUUCUUCAAUUCACUUUGAAAAUCAAUCCAAAAAUAACACACCCGUGGUCAUAUAAUGGACAACAUUUCCUACUGUGCCAAAUAACGAAGCAAUAUUUUCAUUUACAAUCAGCAUUCGAUUCAACCAAGCUGUAGCCUACAUUCAACCAUGCAUGAAGUUAUUUAGCACUUGAUGUGAAUGUGCCUCAAGAAUACAGUGUAUUGUGUGAAUGCUGUUUGAAAUAAAAGCAAUUCAACAGUAAAAGUCUGCUCGCGUGUU